AAGUCACUGUGGUAUUUACUAAUACUACGGUACAUGCAGUACUAGUGUGCAAUACGGUCCUGAAUCUGAGGAUCGAAGGCUUCAUGGUUUAUCUCUUUUCCUGCGAACGACUAUGUCCUGGUAGAUUGAUGAUCCCAGCCACGAUGUGGACGUUUGUUUUUCAUUUUCUUGUCACGGUUGUAGCAUUGAACAAUGUGGUCGUUGCAAACGAGCUGCUGCCGGCGGCAGGCAAACAGCCUCAUAUCGUCAUGAUCUUCGUGGACGACUGGGGAUGGGCAAAUGUUGGCUACCACCGUCAAGUGCCCACACGAGAAGUUCAGACGCCAAACUUCGACUGGCUGUGCAAGCAGGGCAUUGAGCUGGACCAGCACUAUGCGUUUCGAGUGUGCUCGCCCUCGCGAUCCUCACUGAUAAGCGGACGACUGCCACUCCAUGUCAACAUACAGAAUAUUCAGCCCAACGUCUAUAAUCCGAAUGACACGGUGUCUGGUUUCCAAGGCAUACCCCGAUUCAUGACUGGAAUUGGGGCAAAGAUGAAAGCGGCUGGCUAUGCCACGCAUCAAGUGGGAAAGUGGGACGCUGGAAUGGCCACUCCGGAUCACACGCCGGCUGGACGUGGCUUCGACACGUCUUUCUGCUACUACCACCAUGAUAAUGAUUACUACACGGAGCUGGCUGGAAGUUGCAAUUACAAUCAUCACCAAGUCAACCUCACGGACCUCUGGACGACGGACGGACCUGGCGCUGGGUACAAUGGAACACUGUACGAGGAAACAUUGUUUAGCAAGCAAGUCUUGAAGGUCAUUUCAAGCCAUCCGAAAGAAACACCAUUGUUCCUGUACUAUGCACCCCACAUCGUGCACAAGCCCUACGAAGUUCCCCAGGAGUAUCUGGAUCGCUUCGACUUCAUCGACACCCCCAAUCGCCGUGUUUACCACGCGAUGGUGACCUACUUGGACGACGUCGUUGGAAACCUGACUGAAGCCCUGAACAGCACUGGGCUCUGGGAAAACACGCUGAUUGUCGUGAGCAGCGAUAACGGCGGCCCAGUCCAUGCCUUGUCUGGUGCUAACAACUAUCCCCUUAAGGGCGGAAAGGCAACAAACUGGCAAGGCGGCGUACGCGUCAAUGCAUUCGUAUCCGGAGGAUUCGUGCCGGAAGACAUGAGAGGGAAGAAAGUUGAUGGUUACAUCGCUUUGGCAGACUGGUAUGCCACGUUCUGUUCUCUGGCUGGUGUGGAUAAGACCGAUGAGCGUGCAAAGGCAGCCCGGCUACCUCCAGUGGAUGGGCUGGACAUGUGGCCGAUGAUCUCCGGUGAGAACAUGACAUCGCCGCGCACAGAGAUCCCUUUGAGCUCGGGACUGAUCAGUGGUGACUACAAGAUACUGGUGGGUAAAAACGCUCUAGCAGGCUGGACAGGGCCACAGUACCCAAACAAUACGAAUCCAACGGGUGGCAUCAACGCUACCGAACAGUGCGGCACUACUGGCUGUCUGUAUAACAUUAAGGCUGAUCCUUAUGAGCACGUCAAUCUCGCCAACAAAUCACCCAGCAUUCUGAAACACAUGCAAGAGCGGCUGGCAGCGUGGAAGGCGACUUUGUUCGAUCCGGACCGCGGCAAGGAAUGGCACGGUGCAUGUGAAGUCGCAGUGGAGAAAUACGGUGGAUUCUGGGGACCUUUUCUCCCUUGAAUGUAUGAAAAUUAUUAAGCAAUGUAGGUGUAAACCUCAUCACUCAAUCAUUUCAAUUCCUUUAGGUCACUGCGCCCAAGCUCUACUGCAGCCACAUCAUCACAUGGAAAACCCUAAACAAUGAAAAAU